CCCUGCCCGUUUUUGAGACGGCAGCCCCCUUUUUUUUGGGGCCGUUUCUCCCCGUUUUGGGGGGCGGCCGUGCCCGUGCCCCUCCCCAACCCCUUCCCCGUGUCCCCCCCCCGACCCCCCCAGGAGCUGGUGGUGCAGAAGGGCUGGCGCCUGCCCGAGUACACGGUGACGCAGGAGUCGGGGCCGGCGCACCGCAAGGAGUUCACCAUGACCUGCCGCGUCGAGCGCUUCGUGGAGAUCGGCAGCGGCACCUCCAAGAAGCUGGCGAAGCGCAACGCGGCCGCCAAGAUGCUGGUGCGGAUCCACAACGUCCCCAUGGAGCCGCGGGAGGGCAGCGAGGCCGAGGUGGAGGAGGAUCAGUUCUGCAUGGUACGGGGGGGCACGGAACCCCCCCCCGACACCCCCAGGGGUUACUGGGGCCAUGGGCACCUUG